CAACGAUGUUUGUCUUGUUUUCUUGUCUCGGGUUUUCUUGUGUUCAUUUCUGUUAUCACUACACACCGUAACAGUUCGAGUAAACUAGAAACUAAUCGGGUUUGAUCGAUAAUUUUCCAGCGUUACAACAGAUACAGCAGAAAUGGCCUGUACCUCCACCGCCCCGUUGGUUAUGCGAAUAAUGGCCAGCUCGAUACAGAUAGCUGGCCGCGCGGGACGAAUUAUUCGCGACGUGAUGUCCAAAGGGGACCUCGGGAUCGUGGAGAAAGCAAAAGAUGAUCUGCAAACUGAGGCGGAUAGAUCGGCUCAAAGGUGUAUUGUGGCUUCGCUGGAGCGGUUGUUCCCCAAUGUGACCAUCAUCGGUGAGGAGGGUAAAACAGAUUUAAAGGUCCCCGAGGAUUGGUUGGUUUCAGAUUUGAACACAGAUUUCCUAGAGCGCAAUACUUGUCCGGAUGCACUGAAGCAAGUCAAAGAGUCCGAUUUGGUGAUUUGGGUGGAUCCACUGGACGGAACGAGCGAAUACACACAGGGCUUUUUGGAACGAGUCACCGUUCUCAUUGGAAUUUCUGUGAAUGAUCGAGCAGUUGGCGGAGUAAUUCAUCAGCCGUAUUUUGAAUCGAGUACUGGUUCCCUUGGUCGAACCAUUUGGGGCGUCAAGGGCAUCGGUACGGGAGGAUUCACUCCCACGAGACCACCAACGAAUCGAUUUAUCGUUACCACUACAAGAUCACAUUCCGACGCUAUUGUUCAAUCGGCUCUUGAUGCCGUUUCCCCAGAUGAAGUGCUGCGGGUUGGUGGAGCAGGAUAUAAAGUACUACAGCUGUUGGAAGGAAAUGCUCACGCGUAUAUUUUCGCAAGCAGAGGCUGUAAAAAAUGGGACACAUGCGCUCCAGAAGCCGUUCUUGAGGCUCAAGGUGGUAAGCUAACUGAUAUGAUCGGCAGACAUUACUAUUACGGUAAAGAGGUAAGUUUUCCGAAUGUAUGCGGAGUUCUUGGUACCGCGAGUGGUAUUUCCCACGAAGAUAUUCUCGCAAAAAUGCCGGAAAACGUGAAGGAAGCUAUGAACAAAACUCAUUAGACAAUUUUAGAUUGAACUAUUAGUAAAUUUUGUGGUUUAUUUCAAACUUAUCGUAUGAUAACAUUAAA